AUGGGUUCUACACAAUUCGGCAACUUUGACAGGUUCUGUCGCGAUUCCACGUUACCAGUGUGCAAUGUGCUCUCACCGUUUCACAACCAGACUGGCCCAUGGGGUGGCUGUGAGCUGACGGGAAUUCCCCUCAGCGGUGGCCGGAAACUGGGCAAUCUGGGCUCCAUUAUCCUGGCCGGUAUCGCCAUUCUCGUCUCUGUCUUGUUACUACUGCGGUCGGACCGCAAAAAGGCAGCUGUCGGGCGGAGAGAGAUGCAGCUGUUCCUGCUCGGUUACAUCAUCAUUGAGAUUUGCGAAAUCUUCACUGUGGGCGAGUUCCCGCUCAGCGGCACCGUUCGCGUUGCAUUCACCGGCAUUCAUCUUGGCUUCAUCAUCGCAACGACAUGGAUCCUCGUGUACAACGCCAUCAUCGGUUACCAGAUCAUUGACGAUGGCACGCCGCUCUCGCUUGGCCUGGCUGCGAUUACGGCCCUCAUCCUCCUCAUCGGCACUGGCUACAUAGCCCUCGACACCGGUUUCCAGUGGACCGGCCACUUCAACUCGUCCCUCAACGGCCCGCCCGACGGCACCAACCGCAACAUUGCCCUCUACGUGCUCUACCAGCUGGUGCCAUUGAUCUUCCUCGUGGCCUUCUUCGUCCUCGAGGCCUACCUGGUCCUCAGCGUGCUCGGCGAGACCCGGCCGCUCCUGUACCUCACGGCUGCCGCGAUCCUGUUUGCCCUGGGCCAGAUCUUCAACUACGUCGUCAGCCCACACAUCUGCACGGGCACGAAUGGCAAGAUUGACGGCGCGCUUUUUGAGACGCUCUUCACCCUGCUGUCUGUGGUCAUGGUCUGGAUCUUCUGGUCCAGCAUCACCGAGGACGACUGGCCGAUGCCCCCUUCCUACACAUAA